AUGUACGCCAAGGCUCUCGUCACCGCUCUUGUCGGCGCCACCGCCGUCUCUGCUCACGGCUUCGUUGAGAAGAUCACUGCCGGCGGCCAGACCAUCAACAACUACAACCCCACCACUGCCCCGUACGCCAACCCAGCACCGGACGCGCCUGGUUGGUCCGCUCAGCAGCAGGAUCUCGGCUUCGUUUCUCCUAGCGCCGCUGGUAACCCCGACAUUAUCUGCCACAAAGCUGCCACUCCCGGAAAGUCCAGCGUCAAGGUUGCCGCCGGUGACAAGAUCACCCUCUCAUGGAACACCUGGCCCGAGUCUCACAAGGGCCCCGUUCUUGAGUACCUUGCUAAGUGCAGCGGAGACUGCUCUAGCGCGACCAAGACCGAUCUCAAGUUCUUCAAGAUCUCCGAGAAGGGUCUGACUGGCAACUCCUGGGCCGCUGACGAGCUGAUCAAGAAUGGCAACAAGUGGGAGGUCACCAUCCCCAGCGAUAUCGCCGCUGGCAACUACGUCCUUCGCCACGAGAUCAUCGCCCUCCACAGCGCUGGUCAAGAGAACGGCGCUCAGUUCUACCCCCAGUGUAUCAACCUCGAGGUCACUGGCGGUGGCUCUUCCAACCCCUCAGGUGUUGCCGGCACCAGCCUGUACACCGCCAAAGAUAAGGGUGUUCUUUUCGACAUCUACAGCGGUGCCACCAGCUACCCUAUCCCCGGCCCUGCUCUGUACACAUCCAAGAAGCGCCGCAACCACGCCCGCGACCUCUUCAACUAA